GAUGAGUGAGCUUUCCAAAUAAGAAUUGUUCAGAGACGUUUUAUUUUUUAACGUAAUUAUUGUUAAAGAAUCUAAAAAAGUAAUUCAAAUUGUGAAUUGCACUAAAAAUGUCUUCACACAGAGAAGCUAUUCAGAAACAAAUUCAACAGGAUUGGGCAAAUAGAGAAUACAUAGAAGUUAUAACAGGUAGCAUAAAAAAGAUUACUGAUUUCCUUAAUUCAUUUGACAUGUCGUGUAGGUCUCGACUGGCAGUGCUGAAUGAAAAACUAACAACUUUGGAGCGCAGAAUUGAAUAUUUAGAAGCUUGUGUCACAAAAGGAGAAACUUUAACAUAAAUACUGAAUAACACUGAUGUCAUUUUUAUUUUCUUUAUUGUACAUAAUACAUGGUUCUAAAUAUAAUUACUUUAAAUAAAUUACAAGUUUGACAAUG